UGUUCACUCAGAACACAUCAGAGCCUCUGGAUAGGGCGAACUGCAGGAUUGCAGCCGGGAAACCCCAGGACAUGAAAGCCCAGCUACCAGCAUGAGCUUGCAGAUCCUUCAAGAGGUGAAUGGUGCGGAAGGGACGAGGUGAGCCCCUUUGGCUUGAGACAAGCAGCAGAGCUGCUUACAAGAACAGGCACUUUUGCUGUGCUGUAAGAAGAAGGGAGGAAAAAAAUAGAGAGAGCAUUGCAGUGAAUCGGAGAUUGCAGCAGUAUGCCGGCAGCUAGUUAGCAGCUGGAAGGGGGAAAAAAAACCUUGCUGCUUCCUGGGCAUUUCCAGAUCUAGGCUGGUGUCAACGCAAAAGGGAAUCUCUCCCCAGCCCUUUGGUGUGGGGGUUGUUGCAAAUCAGCCAGAGGAAUCGUGCCACUACGCAAGGAUGCUGGAAGACUGUGCAUCAUGUCUCUGUGUCGCAGGGAACGGUCCGCGCAACCGUCCUGGACCGGACAAGUUCUUCCAAUAGGAGACCAGAUCUUUCCCCAUCUACCUGCUUGUUCCAGGUUUCGUGACCAGGAACCACUCCUUACAUAUCAGCGGCCCAUCAGGUACAGCGAGACCCAGCGCACAAUCCAACCAAGAGGGAGAAUUGGAUAGAGGUAUAAAAUGGUGGUAGCAGGGGGAACCAGCCCUGAUGUGGAGAAACAUGAGCCAUGGAGGGACCAACUCCAGAACCAGUCUUUGUCGACGUGGAUAAAGGGUUAACGCUGGCAUGCUUCGUCUUCCUCUGCCUUUUCCUGAUCGUCAUGAUUAUCCGCUGCGCCAAAGUCAUCAUGGACCCUUACAGCGCCAUCCCCACAUCCACGUGGGAAGAACAGCACCUCGAUGACUGACGAAGAGUAUGCAAGACUUCGGACCAACCAGAACAGCACAACAUGGACGGCCACCUCCUUCCUGCGUGGGCGCAGCAUCUUAUCCAGCUUUUCCGAGGCUGCCUCGGUUCGGCUGACAGCACACCAAUUUCCGCACAUGACCAACUGCUGUGGCUGACUUCCAGCCUAUUUCUAUGUGGUGACCUCCAGGUUUUAAUGAGAAAAAAAAUUAUGCCCGUCUGUCAAAGUAGCACAAAAGCUCUCUAGGCGAUAGAAGUCCCUUUCCCGCUUUUUUCGCUAACUAAGCACCUUCCCGGCAUCAGAAUCAAUAUUGUUUUUAAUUGGAAACAGACACGCAGCAUGGUUACCAGGCAGAUAUUCGGGGGUUAUGGGCCAAAGUGUUGUGGGUGUUUGGAUCGCAAGAGCUGUGUGUUGUGAGGUUGAUUAAAAGUGUGUCGCAAGCAGAUGCGCAAAAUACAAGAAA